AAGUCCUCUAAAAUAAUGCCGUUACUGAAACGAGUUCGACUGUCCCUGUUGUUGAAGCUCACUGUUGUCCUGGGAUCAGUGUGGAUGCUUUCAUUACUCAAUGAACUGAGAACAGACUGGAGUCUUACCUACAACUGGUGGGAGUAUACAGAUGUGGAUGGCGGUCCAGAGAAAGAGUGCAACUGUGCUGCAAUCCUGCAGGGAGAGAUGGAGGCACUAGAAAAGGCCAAAUUACUGGUCCUCAGUGAAGACUUCCACAAGAGCGUUGACAUUCCUGAUGAGUAUUACAUCAAUGCAACCAAAGACUGCAGGAACUUUAAGUUAAGCAGGAAAUACUUGACAUUCCCGUUAAGCAAAGAAGAGGAGGACUUUCCUCUGGCUUACUCUAUGGUGGUCCAUCACAAGGUGCAGAAUUUUGAGAGACUACUGCGAGCUAUUUAUGCACCUCAAAAUAUUUAUUGUGUCCAUGUGGACAAGAAAUCAGAGACCUCAGUCUUUGCUGCCAUCAUGGCCAUCACCUCCUGUUUUCCGAACGUCUUCAUGGUCACACGGCCUGUCAGUGUGGUCUAUGCUGGCUGGACACGAGUCCAGGCUGACCUUAACUGUAUGGCUGAUCUUUAUAAUGCCAGCACAGAAUGGAAAUACUUCAUCAAUGUUUGUGGCCAGGAUUUCCCUCUGAAAACCAAUUUGGAGAUGGUACGGAUGUUGCGUUCAUUGAAGGGUCAGAACAGCAUGGAGUCAGAACCAAUAGCUGGAAAGAAAUGGAGGGUGACAAAUGCUUACCAGAUAGUUAAUGGGAAAGUUCAGGGGACAGGAAAGCAGAAGGAGCCACCUCCCUUCAACCUGCCCAUUUUCUCAGGAAAUGCCUACAUUGUGGUCUGUCGAGGUUACAUCCGCAGUGUGUUGGAAGAUGAUCGAAUACUGACGCUCAUAGAGUGGGCCAAAGACACCUACAGUCCUGAUGAGUUUCUCUGGGCAACCAUUCAACGAAUGCCUGGUGUUCCUGGUUCAAUAAGGCCCCAUGGUAAAUACGAUAUGUCAGAUAUGAAUGCAAUUGCUCGACUGGUGAAGUGGCAGUGGCAUGAGGGUCCACAGGAGUCCCUGAAUGCAGUGUAUUCAAAAUGUCAUGGCAACCAUGUGAGGGGAGUAUGUGUGUAUGGUGCUGGAGACCUGCAAGGCAUCAUUGCUCAGCAUCACCUCUUUGCCAACAAGUUUGACAUCAACACAGAUCCCAUUGCCAUCUACUGCUUGGAGAAAUAUCUGAGGCAAAAGGCACUGGCUGAGUUAUAUUAGGUGGAGAUAUUUGUUGCAACUCAGAAUCAGUCAGAGAAGGGGGUGCUUGGCCCAUAGCAAUAUUGCAGGAACUAAUGUUUCCCAACAGAAAAUUGCAGUGUAACAAGAAAAUCAAUUUCUCAAUUCACUCUCUAGUGGACAAACAUCAUAUUUUAUCUGUAUAAAGAUUGUUAUCAUCAACCAUGUGCAAAACUUUUUAGGAAUAUGCUGAUAGUUAAGUUGGAGAAGACUAGAUAUGCUGUAUAUAUGUAUUUAUGUGUAAUAGCAGUUUUGGAACAAGAACAACAAGAAGGAUCAUUGCUAUGUUAGUGCCUGUGUUAUGAUUCCUGCUCCAGCUCCUGCUUCUGUCUUUCAUUUUCCCUCCUGUUCUCUCCUUCUCUCCUCUGCUCUUUCUGUAUUUGUUUAUUCUGUUUUGAUCUGUCUCCUUUUGGCUCCCUCUGUCUGUUACUGCUCCCUCUUGUUUCUCUUGUCCCUGGGUCUUGCUCUCCAUGCUCACCUGUCCACACUCAGCUGAUUACUGCAGUGUGAGUCACCUGCAGUAAUCAGCUCACCUGCCCGCAAUAUCUCCUGCUCACUACUUAAACCUUGCUCAUUCACUCAGUCGGAUCAUAGAUGCUGUUCCCCAUCAAACCUGCCACCUCUGGACUGCUUCAGCUUAUGGAUUCAUCUGUUCUCCUCCCUCCUGGAUUCCCUCGCCCACUCCACCCCACCCCCAGACUCUGUUGUUCACCUGUCUGUUUUUGGAUUUUCCCCAGCCUGUUUUGCCCCCAUGGUUGUCAGUUCCCCCAUAGUGUGACUACCUCUCCUUAGCUCUGUUGUGUUAAUGCUGUUUUGUUUUGCAGACUUCCAUUUUUGCAUUCCUGGUGUUAGUUCGUAGAAUUUAGAAUCCGAACUUUAGAACCCUAGUUCAGUUCUCCAUUCUUGUACUGGUUUUGUUAACUGGUUAAAGUAAAUGGUUGCAUUUAUAUAACACUUUUAUCCAAAGCGUUUACAUGAUAUGUCACAUUCACCCAUUCACACACUGAUGGCAGAAGCUGCCAUGCAAGGUGCUAACCACAACCCACCAGGAGCAAUUAGGGGUUAGGUGUCUUGCUCAGAGACACCUUGACAUGAGCUUGACAGGCCAAGGAUCAAACCAGCAACCUUCCAGUUACAAGACGGCCACUCUACCCACUGAGCCAUGCCGCCAAGUGAAUAAACUCUUUAAUUUAUUCACUUGUCUGCCAGUUUUCUCUGAGUCUGCACUUGGGUUCUCCAGCUUCCCCCGUAACAGCCUGAGAUAAAAGGGUGCAUUGUUCUGGCCUCCUGACACCUUCCUGUUUUGUUUUUUGUUUUUUGUUAUGUAUUUCUUAUAUUUAGCUUUCCUUGCAUAUUUUAUUAUGUAUAUCCUGUGAAUGUCAUGUAUGGGUGUAGGGAGGGGGAUAUUUAUUAGUCCAACUAUAUUUAUACGCUGAAUUGUCAAAUUGCAUUGACACAAGUUCAGAAACAAACCUAAUCCAAAGUUAUGAAAACUGCUUACUUUACAAAAUAUUUGAUUUGUCUGUGAUUACAGAUAAUUAGACUGGAUAUAUUUUAAUUAUGUAUAUUUGUAGUUCAGUGAAACAAACUACAAAGAAAAAAUCCAAAGAUGUUGCUGUUAGUCCAGCAGUCUGUUUAAUAAUUUCAUCCAUCUACUCAAAAAUUCAAAUGUAAAAACACAUGCUAGUUUGUUUUCUGGCCACGCAAUUGCAAAAUGCCAUAAUUUCCAGACUAUAGAGCGCACCUGAAUAUAAGCCGCACCCAUUAACUUUAAAAAGAAAAAAAAAUACAUAUAUAAGCUGCACCUGACUGUAAGCCACAAGUGUCCAUGAGAUAUUUACACAGAUUUUUUUUACUUUUAAUUAAAUAAAUGCUUUUUUUCCCCAAACAGUGUCUGUAACACGACAAUAAAACGCACUGAGUCAGUUCACGCUGUCGACUCCAGUGUCUCACCAUGGUUUCAUUGAUGCCAAGCUUAUGUGCAGCAGCUCUAUUUCCUUCUACGACAGGCAGAUCGAUUGCCUUUAACUUAAAAGCUGCAUCUUAUGCUUUUCUUCAUGUUUUCCACGAUUAGGGUGUGAGCAUGAAGCGCAAAAUGGCUGAUCUGAAGAAUUUAGUGAAUGCUUUUGAUUUAAUUUGAACAGUUUCACUGGUCCACUGUGACCUGUUCAGUAGUUUCAUUCUGAUGUGGCAAGGCUAAAUGUAUUGACGGCAUGAAGCUCGCCUCUAAAAGUCUAUACAUUAGCCGCGUCGUUGUGUAAGCUGCAGGGUUCAAAGUGUGAGGGGAAAAAAGCGGUGGCUUAUGGUCCGGAAAGUACAGUACAUGGAAACCAAUGCAAUUUGUUCAGGAACAAUUGUUUGGGAGAACCUCCAAGUAAAAUAAAGGUGGUUGAUUGUAACAGUU